CUAAAAAAUAAAUACAAUUUCUGAUCUUAGAGAAGUUAGCAGACAUAAACACAAAUUAAGAAGGUAACUAAUGAGAAAAUGACUUGCUUAAUUUCUGUAAGUCAUUCUUCCAUUACAUUCAUUAGAUUUCUAUUGGCGAUUGAUGAGAGACGGGAAGACUGAUUCGGUGAUCAGAAUUCGAUUUUACUCAGGUUUUCCAAAAGCUUAUAUACUAUUUCAGACAGGUUAAUCAUUUCUACUACAAUAAUCAGGUUAAAAAUCACACAGAAAACUCAUGCAUUUUACAACAACUCUUUGCUUGCAGAAGUUGAUUGAAUCUUCUCUCUUCCCGUAAGCAGGUGUAAUCCCAUCUCCUGUAAUUUCACAGUUCUGUUUAUUCCUGCCAUGGCAUCUUGGUUAUCAAACCAGAUAUGCUAAUCAAGUCUGUUUGACUCUCUGUCUUGUGUAUUCCUAGAGAUUUCCAUAUUUUAUUAUAGUGAGGAAAAAAAUAUUUAGCUGUGUUUUCUGUCAGUUAGAAGGGGUUGUGCUCUCUUGAAUGAGUUAUUAGGCUUAAAUUGAUCUGUUCCUCUAGUUGUGACUAGCUGGGACUAACUGGUUAGUACUGCUGGGUUUGUGCAGUAAGAGCUGAUUCUGUUUAGUCCACAGGACUGAUCCAGCCAACACAGGCAAAUAUGUCAUUCUUUGUGUAAUUCACUAACAGACAGAAAUAAUGGCGUGUAUCUAAUACCAAAAGUGCUUUAAGAGGGUUUUGUUUUGAUGUUUCUUACUUGAGUAUCAAGAUCUGUGACCUGGAGUGUUUUAUUACGAAAACCAGUAAGAGGUACUGACUACCACAAAAAUGAAAGAAUGGACUUGAUUUUCAUCAGUUGUGGAUUUUUCCUCUUCUUUAAUAUGUGCAGGAAACUCUGUGUUUGAAAUUAUGCCUUUAAAAAUCUUACACCUGAUGAGUCAACUAAACUUGCUCUUUACGUGCUUCUAGUAGUUAUAAUGUCAUUUCACUUCCCCAUUUCACAGUUUUCUCUUUCAUUUUUCACUCUUGAGUUGAGCUGCAUUGUCUGGGGAAAAUGUAACAACAAAAGCAGGAAUUAUUUUUCUAAACAAAAUUUAGUGUGAUGAUAACUGACAGUGCUGCAGUAGGAUUAACAAAGAUUGCAGAGAAUUUCAUAAAUAACAGAACUUUCCCUGAAGACAUGUGACUGAUGAUGACUGUGCCGAAUUUUCUUCCUCUUUCUCCCAAGCGAAGUUUCAUACCAUCAAAUACUGAGCAAAGAAAAGUAACUAUGUUUGGAUUAUUUUUUUUUAUUUUAUUCACUCCUGGAGUCAGUGAAUUCGUUUGUACAUCAUCAGAUCUUGAAAUGUCAUAUACUUUUUGUGAUUCUACAGCUCAUGCUUUCAUGUUUAAUCUGACACCUUGCAGCACGAUGAACAAAUCUGUCUGGCAGGCUGCUCUCACCUGGAUUCCAAGAAGUGACAUCCACUUUUUGAAGAUUGUCUUCAAUGUCUGGUAUGAUGGUGCCAAAGCACUCCUCUGGAAAGAACUCCUCUGCAGUGGAGCUGAUGAUGAAUACUCAGUGUGUGGAACACUGAAAGGAGAAACACUUGUAUCGGAAUUUGACAUUAAAGGCUCAAGAAUAAACUUUCCAAAGGGCAAUUAUACUAUUCUUGUGCAAGGAUUCUCUGAUGAUUCUGAGAAUAAUAUGGUCAUGUGCUUGAAUUUUACCAUGAUAGUAAAACAAGAUGCUUUCUGAGUGCAACAGACUUCUCAAAUAAUUCCAGAACAUGGAGGUCACUUCUGUGAGCAACUGGAAUCCAAGCUGUGAAGUAAUAUGCACACUAAAUUUCCUGAGGCAGAAUACAUCAUGUGCUGUUUGGGAAGCUAUAUGAUGUAUAGUCUUUCUCAUUUGUAGCACAGCCAUAAUUAGUUGCUCAGCCAAUGUGCACAAAAUCUCUGGGAAUCAGGCAUCCUGAUCAAUGCACAGAAUUACCCUGACUCAAUAUGUCAGGCUGGUCCUGCAUUCUGGAGCUGUGCCUUGAGUUACAAUAAAGUUGAGUCCUUCAGGCUGAGCUAAAGUAAUCAAGAAGUUUCAAAGUUUUGAAGUGCAAGAAUCAAAAAUUCAUCAGUAUUCAAUUUAAAAUAACACAGCAAUUGAAUUUGGGAACCCUGCUGUGAGGUGGUGGGUUUGGUGAGGUUUCUUUGGGUUUGUUUUGGGUUUGGAUUUUUUUUUGUUGUUGUUGUUUGGUUGGUUUGGCUUGGCUUGGUUUUUUGAGGGUUUUUUUUGUUUGUUUGUUUGUUUGUUUUGGUUUUGGUUUGUUUGGGUUUUUUUUCUUUUCUUGUAACAAUAAACUUUGUAAACUUGUUUACAAUCAAAGAGAUUUUUUUUAAUUCUCCUGUUAUUUUCUGAUGUUUCUUCAGUUGUUUCAUAUUGUUCUGCUCUGUUUACACCAAGCUGAAAUGGAGUAAUAAUUUGUUAUGUGGUAGUAGCUGAUGUGCAUAAACUCCAAAGUGGAACACUUUUCCAGUUACACUGAUACAGAACAUCUGAAUUUAGCCAUCCAGAGCUGCAACUGCAAUCCCUUAAAAUGUUUUUAGCUCUUGCUCAGAGUCUGAGAGGCAGAGGCUACACAAGCUGUGUCCUUCAGAAGCAGGAGGAUGGUGUCACCCAACAGACUGAUCUGUUCCUCAGUUAUUCCUCUAAAGCAUUUCUAAAGUUUUCCUGUAGCUUUUGCCCCUUGGACAGCCAAAAAUGAGUACCCACCUGCCCUCUCUGUUGCACCCAAGACCUUCAGUAAGACUUUGGUGUAGUAUGAGAUUUGGUCCUUCGGAAAAGUGCUAUCCUGUUUUCAUCCUCAGCCCCCAGACAGCAGGGCUGGUGAACUCAGUGAUUCAGAGACUUCUCCCCAGUUAAGAGGACACUGCUGAAGCUGCACUUUGUGCUGGUUACUAGUUUGUGCUGUGUCUACCAGAUUACUUCCAAAUGCCUGGAAAAAAUUAAAAGCCAGAACAAACCAACCCU